GUAGUUGAAGUGGACUUGGGUUGUAUCGCCGAUAUAAAAAGACGAAGCCGAGAGAAACAGAGAGCACACUGCACCACCAUAAUUAUUGGUUAGGUAAAACACACUGAAACAGUCGACUUCAACCCAAAACUAAAACUAUGGAUUCGGAUUUCGGAAUUCCCAGAGAACUCUCUGACCUUCAAAAACAACGUUCUCUUUACCAGCCUCAACUUCCGCCUUGCCUUCAGGGAACUACUGUAAGGGUAGAAUAUGGUGACCGUACCACUGCUAUAGAUCCUGCUGAUGCUCACGCCAUCAGCCGGUAUUAUCCUCACACAUUUGGUCAACCCUUGGCUCAUUUCCUCAGGGCAACUGCUAAGGUCCCAGAUGCACAUAUUAUUACUGAGCAUCCAACUAUCAGGGUGGGAGUUGUCUUCAGUGGGCGACAAUCUCCAGGAGGACACAAUGUUAUAUGGGGUCUUUUUAACGCUCUCAAGAUACACAACUCAAACAAUGUUUUGCUUGGAUUUCUAGGUGGUACAGAGGGUUUAUUUGCCCAAAAGACUCUUGAAAUAACUGAUGAAAUCCUGUCUACCUAUAAAAACCAAGGUGGUUAUGAUUUGCUGGGAAGGACUAAAGAUCAAAUAAGAACAACCGAGCAAGUUAAUGCUGCAUUAGCUUCGUGCAAGGCUUUAAAGCUGGAUGGUCUUGUUAUUAUUGGAGGUGUAACAUCAAAUACUGAUGCUGCUCAACUUGCUGAAACGUUUGCUGAGGCAAAAUGCUCAACAAAGGUGGUCGGUGUUCCAGUUACCUUGAAUGGAGAUCUAAAGAAUCAGUUUGUUGAAGCUGAUGUUGGAUUUGAUACCAUAUGCAAGGUUAACUCUCAGCUCAUUAGCAAUGUUUGCACAGAUGCGUUGUCUGCUGAGAAGUAUUAUUAUUUUAUUCGGCUGAUGGGCAGAAAGGCGUCACAUGUUGCUUUGGAAUGCACUCUCCAGUCACAUCCCAAUAUGGUUAUUCUUGGUGAGGAGGUGGCUGCGUCAAAACUAACUUUAUUCGAUCUGACAACACAAAUCUGUGAUGCAGUCCAAGCCAGAGCAGAAAAAGACAAGAACCAUGGGGUUAUCCUGCUUCCAGAAGGGCUUAUUGAAAGCAUUCCUGAAAUUUAUGCCCUCCUGCAGGAAAUUCAUGGUCUUUAUCGAGGAGGUGUAUCUAUUGACAAUAUUUCUUCUCAGCUUUCUCCCUGGGCAUCUGCCUUGCUGGAGUUUUUGCCACCUUUUAUUAAGAAACAGUUGCUCCUCCACCCUGAAUCAGAUGAUUCUGCUCAGUUGUCACAGAUUGAGACCGAAAAGCUUCUAGCUCAUCUUGUGGAGACAGAAAUGAAUAAGCGUUUGAAAAAAGGCACAUACAAGGGAAAGAAAUUUAAUGCCAUCUGUCACUUUUUUGGAUAUCAAGCUCGUGGAUCUCUACCAUCGAAAUUCGACUGUGACUAUGCAUAUGUUCUUGGUCACAUAUGCUACCAUGUCCUUGCGGCUGGCCUGAAUGGUUACAUGGCAACUCUUACCAACCUUAAAAAUCCUGUGAAUAAGUGGAAAUGCGGUGCUGCUCCAUUGACAGCAAUGAUGACUGUUAAACGUUAUUCACGUGGUCCUGGUACAUUGUCUAUUGGAAAACCUGCUAUUCAUCCUGCAACAGUGGAUUUGAAAGGCAAAGCUUAUGAGCUUUUGAGACAGAAUGCUUCUAGGUUUUUGAUGGAAGAUAUCUACAGAAAUCCAGGUCCUCUUCAAUUUGAUGGCCCUGGUGCUGAUGCUAAGGCUGUUAGCUUGUGUGUGGAAGACCUGGAUUAUAUGGGCCGUAUCAAGCAGCUGCAAGAAUAUUUAGACAAGGUACGAUCCAUUGUGAAACCUGGAUGUUCACAGGACAUUUUGAAAGUAGCACUCAGUUCCAUGUCUUCUGUGACGGAUAUUCUGACUGUUAUGUCAUCAAACUCCAACAGUGGGCAAAAGUUCCUCUAAUCGACUUGACUUGAUGAUUACUCAGUUUGGGAAGACUUGGUUGGAACUCUAUACAAGUUUUUCAUUCGUGCCGAAUUAGGAUUGCCAUGUUAGAUUAUAUGAACACUAGGAUUUCCUUUUUAAGAAUUUCUUUAAAAUUUUCUUUAUAGAUGUGAUACUCCUAAUCAGUACAUGCGUGAAAACACAUUGCAGUUUUGGAAUGAGUAGAAUUACUAAAUAAUUAGUGUGAACCGACAGGUGACGCGUGCUUUGGAAAGUGACUGCAUAUUUGUAUUGUAAGGUCUUAGGCUUAAUACUUCAUCUACCUCAGUUUGAGGCUUGUGGUUGCAAUUGAUUGUGUAGUCUUUGGUAGUCAAGGGAAUAAAAGAUCUGUCCUGUGAGGGAGCUCAGUUGGAUUUUUCCGCCA